AUGCAUUCGUCGACGGUGCUGGUGCUGAUCUUCGCCCACACGGUGCUAGUGUUCGUGGGGACGCGGGGCGCGAGCGGCUCGUCCGGCCGGGGCUCGGCCAGCCACCGGAUGGACGUGUACAUCGCGGGCUUCUUCCCGUACGGCGAGCGCGUCGAGAACGGCGAGACCGGCCGGGGCGUGAUGCCGAGCGUCAAGCUGGCGCUGGACCACGUCAACGAGCACUCGACGAUCCUGCGCAACUACCGGCUGCACAUGUGGUGGAACGACACCGAGUGUAACGCGGCCGUCGGCAUGAAGUCGUUCUUCGACAUGAUGCACUCGGGGCCCCACAAGCUGAUGCUGUUCGGGGCCGCCUGCACCCAUGUCACCGACCCGAUCGCGAAGGCCAGCAAGCACUGGCACCUGACGCAGCUGUCGUACGCCGACACGCACCCAAUGUUCACGAAGGACGCGUUCCCGAACUUCUUCCGCGUGGUCCCGUCGGAGAACGCGUUCAAUGCGCCCCGGCUGGCGCUGCUGAAGGAGUUCAACUGGACGCGCAUCGGCACGAUCUACCAGAACGAGCCGCGCUACUCGCUCCCGCACAACCACAUGGUCGCGGACCUGGACGCGCUCGGGCUGGACGUGGUCGAGACGCAGAGCUUCGUGUACGACGUGGAGGAAUCGCUGCGCAAGCUGCGCGAGAAGGACGUCCGUAUUAUCUACGGCAACUUCGACGCGUUCUGGGCCCGGCGCGUCUUCUGUGAGGCCUUCAAGCUGGACAUGUACGGGCGCUCCUACCAGUGGCUCGUGAUGGGCGGCACGUACGGCCACGACUGGUGGGCCGAGAACGACACCGACUGUGCGGUGGACCAGGUCGCCACGGCCCUGGAGUCGACGAUUCUGGUCGACCUGCUGCCCCUGUCGACGAGCGGCGACAUCACGAUAUCCGGCAUCACGGCCGACGAAUACCUGACCGAGUACAACAGCCGGCGGGGCAGUGAGUACUCGCGGUUCCACGGCUACACGUACGACGGGAUCUGGGCGGUGGCGAGCGCCAUCCAGUACGUGUCGCAGCGCAAGGAGCACUCGCUGGCCCGCUUCGAAUACCGGGUGAAGCAGUGGGAGGACAUAUUUUUAGAGGCGCUCAAGAACACCAGCUUCGAGGGCGUCACGGGCCCGGUGCGGUUCUACAACAACGAGCGGAAGGCGAGCUUCCUGCUGGAGCAGUUCCAGAACGGGCAGGAGGUGAAGAUCGGGGAGUACAACUCGCUGAACGGGCGACUGGACCUGAGCCUGGGCCACCCGCUCAAGUGGGUCGGCCGUAGCCCGCCGAAGGAUCGCACGCUGCGCAUCAUCGAGCACAGCCAGGUGAACAUUACGAUCUUCGUCGUGCUGGCCAGCACGUCCUCGCUCGGCAUCGUCAUGGCGACCGUGUUCCUGGCCGUCAACAUCAAGUUCCGCAACCAACGGUACAUCAAAAUGUCGAGUCCGCAUCUGAACAAUCUCAUCAUCAUCGGGUGCAUCCUGACGUACCUGAGCGUGAUAUUCCUCGGGCUGGACAGUGGGCUGAGCAGUGUGGCCGCGUUCCCGUACAUCUGCACGGCGCGCGCCUGGCUGCUGAUGGCCGGAUUCAGUCUGGCGUUUGGUGCCAUGUUCUCCAAGACCUGGCGGGUACACUCCAUCUUCACGGACCUCAAGCUUAACAAGAAGGUGAUCAAAGACUACCAGCUCUUCAUCGUGGUCGGCGUCCUGCUGGCGCUUGAUCUGGCCAUCAUGACGACCUGGCAGGUCGCCGAUCCGUUCUACCGUGAAACGAAGUACAUCGAACCCUCGGAACAUCCAACCCUGGAGGACGUGAUCAUCGUGCAGGAGAACGAGUACUGCCAGUCGAACCAGAUGAACAUCUUCAUCGGCGUCAUCUACGCGUACAAGGGGCUGCUGCUCAUCUUCGGUGCCUUUCUGGCGUGGGAAACGCGCCACGUGUCCAUACCGGCGCUGAACGACUCCAAGCACGUCGGCCUGUCGGUGUACAACUGCGUCAUCAUGUGCGUGAUGGGGGCCGCCAUCGCGCUCGUCCUGUCCGAUCGCAAGGACGCCGUGUUCAUCCUGAUCUCGCUCUUCAUCAUCUUCUGCACGACGGCCACCCUGUUCCUGGUGUUCGUCCCAAAGCUGGUGGAGCUGAAACGUAACCCGAGUGGCGUGGUGGACAAGAAAGUGCGGGCCACGUUGCGGCCUGCCGGGUCGAAGAACCGCCGGGAUUCGUCGGUUUGCGAGCUGGAGCAGCGGAUGCGCGACGUCAAGCAGACAAACUGCCGCUUCCGGAAGGUCCUGAUGGACAAGGAGGCCGAGCUGCAGGCCCUCAUCAAGCGGCUCGGGCCCGAAGCGCGGGCCUGGAUCGGCCUGGAGGCGUCCUCUUCUGAGCCGGACAUCAACAAGGAGUCCGUCAAGGUGCAGGUCAAAAAGGACUACGCCAGCGAAGGAACUGAUUUCACCUCGAUCGGCAGCGUGGGCUCCAGCAACGACACGCUAGACUCGGCUGGUCCGGAAAGUCGAAAGCAGAAGAAAACGACGGUGGUACUGCCCGGCGAGGAGCCGCCGGCCAAAGCGGUGGCCCUGGUGGCCAACGCGCACUCCGCGUCCCGCUCGAACCUGGCCACGGCCAUCACCACGAUGGCGGUGGGUGCCGGUGCGGGACUAGCGUCCAUCGCGGCCGCCACCAGUCUACCCUCGGCAGCAGCAGGCGUUAGUGCUAGUGCUGCGCCGCCGCCGGGCAGCCAACCGGUGGCCGCAGCACCGCCGGCCGCCAAGACCCAGUCCACGCAGGCCACGCAGUCGAUCAACGUCAGCAGCACCAGCGUGCCGGUGGACCCGAGCAAGCCGAUGUUCAACGACGUCCGCCGGGAGUCCCUGACGCCCGGCUCCAAGUGGUCACCGGGCGCACGGCAGCUCCACCAGCAGCAGCAGCAAACGCAAACGGUGGAUCACCACCGCUUGUACGAGGACGACCGCGAGCGGUCGAACGGCCCAACGGCGGUCGCGAAGUUCAGCACGCAGGCCAACUGCAGCUCGACGACCUCGAUAACGCACUCGACCACGGAGCUGAACCAGUUGUGCCACCACUCGAAGGCGACCAGCAAAAGCAGAGGAGAUAUGAGCAGCGAUGGGUCGCGGCGCGUCAGCGUACAGAUGACGUCAUCGCUGAAGGGGAACUUUGUGGUGUCGCAGAGCGACCUCUGGGACACGCACACACUUUCGCACGCCAAGCAGCACCAGCGACAAUCACCGCGGUCCCAUCAGAGUGCGAACCGCUGCCCGGACCACGGCCACCUCGGACAGCAGCCGCCGCCCCAGCAGCAGCCGCAGACGGCUCCACAGCAACAGCCGCCGCAGCAGCAGUAUGAGUACGACAAUAGUGCGACGACGUCUCCCGGGCCAAUCCAGCGCAGCGUGUCGGAGAAGAACCGUACCAAGCACCGGCACAAGCAGCAGCACAAGAGCACGGCCUGUCAGAGCGAGACGGACAGCGAGCGGGAGCAGCGCGACUAUCCGCACUUCUCCGCGUCCUCCAUGUGCUCGACGGCGGCCAGCUCGACGGCCACCGUAUCGGCGGUGGGCGCCGUGGGGACGGCGGCAGUGGUGGCGCCCGGGCCUAACGCGGGACCGUACGUCACUCCGACCAAAGUGACGUCCCGGAGGCUGACCAAGUCGCAGCACUCGCACCACCACUCAAGUCCGAACGUGGCCCCCGGCGGCGGCAGUGCCGUCGUCGGUGGGACGAUCGACCGGAAGCACCGAUCGACCGGAAGCGACUCGCGGGGCACGGCCGACGGUAGCGCCGGGCACCACGGCACGUCGGGCCGGCACCGCAAGAAGGAGGGUUCGGCGUCGAAGCCGAACCUGUACGGUGCGUGCUCCGAGUCGGAGCUGCUCGACGGCGAGACGGCCAUCUUGCCCAUCUUUAGGAAGCUCCUGAACGAGAAGGAGUCUAGGUACCGAGCUAGGAACAUGGUAGGCGCCAGUUGCCCUAAUAUAUCGAUUAAAUGUGAUAUUGUUGAGUAUUUGUAA